CCUAAUCUGGCGGAGCAGCCCCCCAAAUGGGCGUACUCCUCUUUCGUCCUUCCGACGAAGGUGCAGGGCAAUUCCGCGCGCCCCUCCAGCGUCCAGUGGCGCCAGGAGCGCCGGCUGCAUGCAGCUGCUUCGUAAGCCCCUCCUUGGCCAACCCCCCCGGUGUCCACCCCGAGAGGAUCGUGGUGAAGUCGGUCGAGGACCUGGGCGAGGCCAGCUGGCGGCCGCUCGACAAGACCCACGCGGGCGCUGCUGGGCAGCCUCAAGGGCGACGACCGCCUGAAGGACGUGGUCGUUGUGGCCGAGUGCGGCCCCCACAGGAGAGGGAGACCGCUGCCUUCGACGUCGCCGAGGCCACGGCAGCCAUAGGUAGGACGCUGUUCGUGCCAAAGGGGGGCAACACCCUGCGCUUCAGCGUCGUUAAGAGGCACAGGCUUCAGAAGGACGCGCUCAUCGGCGAGGCGGAGGAGGUCGCGGCCCCGAAGCACGCGGGCCUUCGACUGGUCAGGCGAGGGAAAGAACGGGGCACGUUGUUCGUGCAGAUCACAGAGUCCCUGCACAGUGAUCCGAAGGGCAGCGCUCCUCCGAAUCCGGUAGCCGUCGCACGGGCGCCCCGCGCGCCGGCGAGACCCUGCGGCUGCCUUCCGUUCUCCUGCUUCUGAGCCUCUGUCGCGAUGCUCUCGUGAUCUCGGCUCUAUUGGGCAAACAGAACUACAGGCAGGAAUUUUUGCAGAGCGUGUCGCGGCGGCGGCCGCGGCGACAGGCUGUGCCUUGCGAGUGGAUAGCGUGUCGCUCCGCUCCGUCGGGCGGGAGGUCGGGAAAGGCUCGCUACGUUGACGCUUGAGGACUGGGACAUAGAUGGCGUGUCGCGCUGAGGCGUGGUGGGCCAGAGUUGGCGGCGCGACACGCUAAGGCAACGUUCCUGACCGUAUGCGCAUACACUGAUCUUGGCCUGGCCAGGAUCGGUGCAUGUUCGUAGUUCUCUGCCUUCUAUUCGUUUCGGCCUCUGUCCUCCUGCUCCUCUUUCUUACCUCUGCCCUUGCCAGUAGGGGGAGAGGUUCCAAAGGGGACGGGUCUCUGAGGUGGUCGGUUGCUCCCGGGUUUUCGG